GGUCUGUACAUCCCCCCGGUUGUUGUCUGAUUGAGGAUUGUUCCUUUUUUCGUGUUGUGUCGCCGUAGGUUCAACAUUUUUGCCAUGGAUAAUGGUGGAGCUUUGGUGCGUUCGUUCCCGGUUGGGAGGAUCUUGAAUCCAGCGUAUAUAUCUGAUGGGAUUCCUCCUCCUGGGCCGGGCAACAGUGCCACGUCGCCUUUGAGCCUGUUCGAUGAUGACUCCUCUUUCCCUGCCUCUCAUCGCGACUUACUGCAGGCGUUGAGAGGCCUGCGAGUCGAGAACAAAGCUCUGAAGAAACAGAUCCGUAGGCAACAGUCCAUCCAUGAGGCUGCUAUGAAUGCGCUGAGGGCGUUGUUGAUUGUCCGGGAGAACAUUCGGGUUGACCGUGUAAACACUGCCGAUGGGCAUGUCCGUGUUCCACUUGACGAGAAUGUCGAUGUGCAACGCUUAGAUGAGGAGUUCGUUGGGAUUCAGCAUGCAGCGGCUGCCAUUGCUGAGCACGAAAAGGAUAUUCUUCGCUCUGAGAUAUCCUGGUUAGAGAGGAGGAUAGAUGUUCACAGUCAGGUUGAUGCUGCGCAGUGGAGAUGCAGGGCGUUAGUUGCAGAGUAUGAGGUCAAGAGCUUCGUAGCGAAUACUGAUGUCGCUGGUGAGCUCGCUGCCAUUGCGGCAUCGCUGUUUUAUGUUGUCUCCCCGCAUCUGCUUCAUGAAAUGUCCCGCGGUAUGUGCGGGGCUUUGGUUCUGAACCUUCAGUGGGUGGGGCGCGAGCUUCUUAGGCGUGUUCAGCAUGUGCAGAGCAGGGCAGCGCUGCAGUUUGUUGUGGCAAACAACGAGUUCCUUCCCUUAGUUAGGACACUGAAUCUUAGCCUGCAGAUGAAAGACGCUGAGCUUGCGCAGGUACGUGAUAGGGGCCUCCUGACACUGCCUGGGAAUAGGCAUGCAGAUUUCGAACUGGAUUUGAGGAGGUCCCAGACCCAUGAACUCUUAAUGCUCCGUGAAUUGUUUUAUGGGAUUCUGCACAAUCGUGCACCCGUUGCAGAGAGAGAAACGGUUGCUGCCUUGCAUGACCAAAUUCGAUCGUUGUCUGUGCGCAAUGCUGAACUGGAAAUCGGAAUGGCAGAGCUCACUGUUGCGUUGGCUUCGCGCGUUGACAGACAUCGUGUACGAGUGCCGAAGCCAUUGCCCUACUGUCCCCCUGACAUCGUCGUCGAUCAUGUCGGGGCUCACGGACGGCUCAUGAGCAUGUGUACGAAGGAUAGGCCGAGGGUGGGGUCGCUCCCAACAAUGGAAGGACCUGUUCCUCAGCCUGUUCAUGGUAGCGCUUUCCGUGCGUGGCCGUAUCAGGAUGUGAACUAUGAUGUUCACUUCUACCCGCUACAGAGCAAAAGCCCGUCUGAUUUCGAAAUGCGGCAGGUUUCCGGCCACGAGUAUAGGGAUGCAGAAGGGCUUAGGUGGUCCCUUGAUGAGCUGCUGCAUCUCCUGUACAUCAAGCAGCAGGAGAUUGAUUCCCUGCAGCGGGCGCUUGCUGAUCAGCAGCGAGUCCACGAUGAACAGUUGGUUUCUUUGCUGCAGAAGGUUAGAAUGUCACGAAAGGAGGUGGUUCAGAUCUUGGAUGACAACCACUCCGGAAAGAAGGUGAGUACAACAUCGACAGGACUUUCCCGGUUUGCACCCAAGAAGAAGUCCUCCCUGGUGAGUGCUGACGAGGAUGUAGGGAGGAGUAUGGCUUCGCUCAAGCAGCAAGAGAUUGACCACCUCCGGGAUAAAAUAGUCUAUCUCACCGUCGACUCUGAUUUUGCUGGUUGGGAUAGCAUGAACCGCUGGAAACAGAAAGUUGUCCGCCUUGAUGUUCAGAUUCGAAGACUGUUGAUCAUCUCCAAUAUGAGGGGUGAUCUUGGACAGAUUGUACAGCCAUUGUUCAUGUUACCAAACAAUCAGGUGCUGCAGGCGUUUGACUGUUGUGAUUUGGAGUCGACAAUUCGCCAGUUGCAGUGGGUCGGUGAGACCUUACUUUAUCGCUUGGUGCAGGCUGAGGUGCAAGCAGCACUGAAAUUCGYUGUCAYCGAGCCUCAAGCUUUGUGUACAAUUGAGGUGCUCUACGGUYUGCUGACGGCCGCYAGAAGAGAAUUUGAGGAAUUCCUUGCUGCCACUUUCCUGCAGCAAACUCCUGCUGGUACAUAUGACAUAACUGUCCAGCAGGCUUCUGAUAUUCACAGGUUGAGGUUCACGGUUGGUAGGUUGCUGCUUGCUGCUGCGGAUGAGGAUGUGAGACACCCUCUGAACAUCAUCCUGCCUGAAAUGUUGUUCUUGCAGAAGAGGCAUAAACAAUUGCAGAUUGAGUAUGCAAGUUUGCAGCUUCGUCUUGCCUCGCAUACAACGGGCUGCUGUCCGUUUUGUGGCCACACGCUCUCUGAACUUCCCGCACUUUCGUCUUCGUCCACAAUUCGGCUGAGUGUCCCGCCUGAACCAUUCGAGAAGGCCACUGGGCCACAGGGGGAGGACAAUAUGCUCGUGAGUCAACCAGAGAUUACAGAGGUUGACGCGUUCCGUCAUCAUCUCCUCGACAGUGCAUCCCUUCUCAGGCACCUGGAUGACGAACGCCACUUUCAUUUUGAUGACUUCGGCUCGGAGCUUAUGCUUAUUGACAGGCAGGAGGAUAUUGACAUUCUGGUUCCGGUGGUCCACAUCGGUCCCGGCGAUAACGACUACGGUUUCCAUGUCGUGCCUCCAGAGUUGCGCAAUGUGUCCAUUGCUGAAGGGGAUUUGUACUACCUGCGCAUUCUCCUGCGCCACGAACAUUCUCUUGAAGCAGCUUCCUUCGAAGAGUCGAAGACAGUUGACAACGUUACUUGCCAGACGUUUCGUGAGGUCUGCCAGCAUUUACAGCUUCUGCACGACGACAAAGAGUACGACGCAGACAUGAGAACUGCUGCAGACAACUACAUGCCUUCCCAAAUCCGUCAGGUCUUUGCCAUGCUUCGUGCAUAUGGUCCCCUUGCCGAUCCUAUGUCUCUCUUUUUAAAGUACUGGGAACCUAUGUCAGAGGACUACGUGAGAAGGCUGCCUAAUUUGACACUGUCUCCUGCUGUCUUACAAACACUUGCACUUCUUGACAUAGAUGCUGAGCUCCUCGAUAUGAAAACAGACAUGUCCACUGUCGGUUUGUCCUUCCCGGAUAUGGACGCUUUGCAGUGUGCUAAACAGCUGCGGAGCCGCCUGCUCUUCCAAGGGCUGCCAGAACUGAUCCAAGAAGAGUUGGCCUAUGACAGGGACCAACUCAACCUUGUCUGGGAAACCAAUGUGCCAAUGUUGCGGUCCUCCCAGCGGGUGCUCGUCGAGGGGGUUGUUGAUGCUGUCCUCAAAAGGACUCCUCUUUGUGUUUUCGUUGACGCACCUGCUGGCACGGGUAAAACAUUCUGUAUUAACACGAUUCUUUCCGGUGUUCGCCGUCAUGAGGGCUGCAUAGCUCUUGCAGUCGCCUCAAGUGGUAUUGCAUCGCUGCUCUUGCCGGGGGGGAGGACAAUUCACUCCAGAUUCCGUGCGCCCUUGACACCCGAUGAUAAAAAACCAUUCGCGAUUCCAAAGCAAAGCGAAUUGGCCAGUCUUAUUAGGCGAACACAACUUAUAGUGUGGGACGAGGCACCCAUGACACAUCGCUCUCACUUGGAGGCCCUGGACAUUACAUUGCGUGAUCUGUGUGACUCUGACCUCCCUUUUGGGGGCAAGGUCGUCCUCUUGGCAGGUGAUUUCAGGCAGGUCCUCCCUGUUGUCAGAUGGGGUAGUCGCGCUCAACAAAUCAAUGCUUGCAUUAAGUCGUCCCACCUUUGGCGCUACUUCCAUACUCAUCAGCUCGACGAGAACAUGAGAGUCCUUCGUCGUGGCAAUGAUGCUGUGGCAAGACAAUUCGCUGAUUUCCUUCUUAGGUUAGGUAAUGGGCAGCACGACGUCGUUGACCCGAGUGAUCCUGAGAUUAUAGAGCUGCCCCGCGAGAUCUGUACAGAUGGACCUCUGCUGGAUCUCAUUCGCUGGACGUUCCCACAUGUGGUUGACCAUCUGGGUGACAUGGACUACCUCUCUGGGCGCUUAAUACUUUGCCCCCGGAAUGAUGGUGCCAACUAUGUGAAUGACCUCAUUCUUGAGUCUAUACCCGGCCACACCACUGUGUUGCACUCCGUCGACAGCACACCGUCCGACUCUACUGGUCUGGAUGUGCCUCCUGAAUACCUUAACGCGUUGGAACCCUCAGGCCUUCCGUCUCACAGGCUCAAGGAGGGAGAUCCAAAAGUUGAACGCGUGCGUGACCAGAUCGAGGAAGCCAAGGUGGAACGUCAACGAUAUCAAGACAAGGUCAAUGAAAUGCAGGCAAUAAUUGACUCUGGGGACAUUGAUGACGAUGGUGAUUACCGAAGUGAAGGAGAAUUCCUCUGGGAGGGUGACACCAACACAUCUUCUUCAACUCCAUCAGAGGAGAUCGUAACAGAUUACGCUGUUAGUGGUAUUGAGGCGGAGCAGGACUUGGACGCCAGCUAUUCGGAUGAGGACGAAAGCGACACCAGCGACACCAGCGACUCCAACCACUCCGGCGAUGACAACGCUUAGAUGUCCAGGAACUGGUCAUGGCCCGGGGAGUGUGUUCCUAACCUGGUUAUGAAUGCAGAUGUUCAACUGAUAUUUGGGUCGUCUUUGAUUCCAACAAUUGUGUCAAUUCCCUGCUAUGCUUCUCCGGCGGAUUCACCGGUGUCCUUCCUCAAACAAACCUGGGCUCUGGCUAACUGGGUCGCACAACAAUCUGACCAAUUGAAGCACAAUCGUCGUCGCCGUGGAUCUCUGGUCACGGUCUCCUUGCGAG